ACUAAACCACACAGGUUUAGGGAAAUUAGGAAUUGUUCCCUGAACUUUCAACAAUCCAAUUAGGAACCCAAAACCUCCAUUGUUAUUUGUUUUGAACUUCUACUUCGCGGGUUUCUUAUAAUAAACUAGACAAAUAAAGUCUCUUCGCUCAAGCCAGAGACACAUAUAUAAGGGUUUCGAACUUCCUUUACUGCAAGUAUUGGACAUGAAUGUUCUAAGAGCAAUCUGCUCCAACAUAUGCCCUCUCCGUCCAAAAGAUCGCAAAUUUAUACCCAACUCGUUACGUAUCUCCUUUCAAUCCGUUCAAAACCCUAGCUUUUUCCGCCAUUUCCACUCCACGAGUAGUCACCUCCGCUCUGAACAGUCGGGUUUAGGCAUUAUUGAUGAGCCCAAAGCUCGAAACGACUCGAGCACAAGUGGUAAAAAGACUCGUGUUUGGAGCUUUUACGACCCUGUGUCCGAGAGAACGGUAACGCAGAGAGUUAGCGACAAUGGUGAUGGACAAAAACUGGAAGGUGAAGAAACCAACAUGGGUUUGUCGAGUUUUGGAGAUGGGGUUGAGGAUUUAGCCGAGGAAAGGACGAAGAAGACGAAACUGGGAUCUGGGCCGUUGAGCUUUAAGGGCAUAGUGGGCAAUAGGAAGAAGGGGAAGCAUAAGGUUUCUUGGGUAUGCUCGGGUUGUGGGUUCGUUGCCGGGCAAUGGUGGGGGACUUGCCGAUCUUGUCAUGCUGUAGGUACAAUGAAGCAAUUUACAGACGUGAACUCUGGUGAAAGGAAUAAAAUUACUGGGUUUGAGGUUUCAGAGGAAGCGGUGCGUUCUUGGCUCCCUCGGUAUAAUGAGGAUCUUCCAAUGCGGUUGACGGAUGUGAACCGGGAUAAAAAUCAGAUGGAUUGGCGGAUCGCUUUGUCUGGACCCUUCGGAGAUGAAGUUUCAACAGUGCUCGGUGGUGGACUUGUACCAGGUUCUCUGGUUUUGGUUGGGGGUGAUCCUGGUGUUGGGAAGAGUACACUUUUGUUGCAGAUUGCUGGAAAAAUAGCUGAAAGGCAUGAACCUGGUAAAGCAGCUUCGGUAUUGUACGUUUCUGGUGAAGAGAGUCUUGAGCAGAUUGGAAACAGAGCUGACCGUUUGAGGAUUGCAACCAAGGACCUUUUCUUAUACUCGAGUACUGAUAUUGAGGACAUAUUAGAUACAGUUGAGCGUUACUCCCCACAAGCUUUGAUUAUUGAUUCAAUUCAGACUGUUUAUUUAAAAGGAGUGACUGGAAGUGCUGGUGGGCUAUCACAGGUAAAGGAAUGCACAUCAGCUCUGCUGCGUGUGGCGAAGAAGACGAAUAUCCCUGUUUUUUUGGUUGGGCAUGUAACAAAAUCUGGAGACUUAGCUGGACCUCGUGUUUUGGAGCAUAUUGUAGAUGUUGUUUUAUAUAUGGAAGGGGAGAAGUACUCAUCUCAUCGAUUACUUCGAUCUGUGAAGAAUCGUUUUGGAUCUACUGAUGAGCUAGGAGUUUUUGAAAUGUCAGAAUCAGGACUGCAAGCUGUUUCAAACCCCAGUGAGCUUUUUUUAAGUGAGCAGUACUUAGAUUCAGAGGUUUUAGCCGGUUUAGCUGUUGCUGUUAUCAUGGAUGGAUCUCGAACUUUUCUCAUUGAGAUUCAGGCAUUAUGUGCAUCUAUUUCAAGAGUUCAACGGCAGGUUAAUGGGAUUCCAGCAAGUAGAGCAGACAUGAUUAUUGCAGUUCUUAUAAAGCAAGCUGGGCUAAAACUCCAAGAGAAUGCUAUCUUUUUAAAUGUUAUUAGUGGGUUGACGCUCGAAGAGACUGCUGGGGAUCUUGCAAUAGCUGUAGCAAUAUGUAGCAGUUUCUUGGAGUUCCCCAUUCCUAAUAACAUUGCAUUUAUUGGUGAAAUUGGACUUGGAGGAGAGCUCCGCAUGGUACCGAGAAUGGACAAAAGGAUACACGCAGUGGCAAAACUAGGUUACAAAAAGUGUAUUGUACCAAAAGCAGCUGAGAAAUUCCAGGCAAUUCCAGGUAGUGACAGUAUGAAGGUCAUCGGCUGCAGCAAUCUGAAGGAGGUUAUAAACAUUAUCUUCGCAUCACGUUGAAAGGAAGCUAUCUCCUGUUUACAAAUUUUGUCAAAGAUUUUGUAUAUAAUUGAGUGCGGUGUAAUUCUCUCUGUCAUUAACGGUUAAAAAAUAGUGUUCGACUUUCAUUAGUAGUAGUUUUGUCGAUAAAUAUUUCCAUUCUACACAUCAUGCAAAAUGUUAAAAUAGUUAUAUAAGGCUUCCAAGUUUCUAAUU